AUUCUGAUGUCUCGUGUCAAAGAGCGAGAGAGAUGAGGCAAAGGCAAACGUGCACAGGCUAGCCCUCGCUCAUUAUUCUUGACUUCUUUGCAUUGUUUUAUGCAUGGCAGUGGAAUAGAGCAUAUCCCUCUUUCUUGUAAUCCAGAGGUACCCGUGGAAAACUAAACGCAAAGGCAGGAGGCAUCUCUCUGAUUCGUCUCAGCUUCAGAUGCAAAACUGACCCUGAGAAGAGUAUCGCGGAACUUGCUUUAUUAGAUUGGUUCGGUGGUGAAACCGACGCUAGAUUAACCUUUUGUUUCCUUGUUGACUUUCAUGCACGGUGUAAAUUCCUUUCUCUUUUCGAUUUUCCAUCCUUUUUCAUAUAGAGGCCUAUAGCUGAUUGCAAAUCUCGUAUUGAAUUAUAAGAAGAGUCAUCAAUUCGUCGUUACGGAAAGGUGCAUGGAUGUCCUGAAGACCUUGCGCGAAUUUUCAGCUCUAACUAGUCACCCUUCACCAACGGAACAAUUUUUCAAUCUGUGCAUCAUGAAUUGCGUCUUUCCCUUUAUGUAUACCAAGGCCUUUGUCCAAUUCAUGCAAUCCCGAGUGACGCAACUUGAAGCGUCGCAAUCUCGAGACGGGUUAUGACAAGAUAUCAGGAAUUUUUCAGCUCAAGCUGGUCACACUUAACUCAUUCGAGGAACAAAUCCUUCCAUAUGAUUGACUGGCCAUAAGAUGAUGACAGAACGGAACUGAAGUUCAUUUCCAUAAUGUGACUGUACAGCCCAGAAAUGGAGCAGGAAAAGUGUGUGUGGACUGUGGAAUAACAUCAAACAUGCAUGAAGAUACACUCACACUCAUACCAUGCGCUUGAUCUAUUAAGCCUCCUCUGUCACAAUCCAAUUCACCUACACGAUACAAAGAAUUCAGAACACAAACAAUGACUUCUCAGCACUCCCUUCCACCCAUUGUCCCCUUCAACCUCCUCCUCCACAUCUCCUUCUUGCCCCUUCUCCUCGUCUGGAUCCCCGCCGCCCUCUCGCAAGACCCCGCCUCCUCAAGCCCUGCCAUCGCCUCGUGCCAGCCUCGGCUCCUGUCGCUGGCCCCCUGCGCUCCGUUCGUGCAGGGCACGGCCCGGUCGCCGUCCGAGCCGUGCUGCGACAACCUCAGCCAGAUCUACAGCCAGCAGCCACACUGCCUCUGCCUUGUGCUCAACGACACAUCCCUAGUUCCUCUGCCUAUUAAUGGCACGCUGGUCCUUGAACUUCCCCAGCUCUGCAGCCUCCAGGCUGAUGUCUACUCUUGUUCAGGAGUGCCUGCAUCUCCAAGCGCACCAGGUCCACAGGUCUCUGCAGGAGCGACGAGGACCAACAACUCCACGGUUGCUGCUUCGCCGGUCGUGGAGGUGGCGCCGAGACCGAGCAUCAUCAGAUCCGGCCCCGGCCUGAGCAGCGGCACAAAGUCGGACCGGGAAGGGCAGUCCAUGUUUCUAGCAGCGGCUGCGGUCCCGUUGUUGUUAGCACGAGUGUUUUAUUGAGGAUUUGAUCUUAAUAAAGUUUAGGCAUUAGGCAUGCUUACGAAGGAUUUAGGCUAUCCGGAUGAUACGUGGAGUGCUAUUACCGAUUAUUGUUCCUCGCUUAUACGAGAUCAUUCGCGUUAUAUUC